AUGCCUUCCACCGAUAUCAAGGAGGUCCUCGAGACUCGCCCUCUCAAGUUCCAGAUCAAGACUGCCGGCGGCAAGUGGGCGUGUGUUGUCCACCCUGACAGGCCCUCAUAUGAGCGCUUCCGCACUUCCUCUUCUGCGUCGGUUGCAACCUCUAGCUCUGCCAGCAGCAUCACGACUCCCGAGUCCAAGUAA